AUGCUCUGCCAAAGCCUCCACUGCAAUGAUGUUCAGUUCCAGCUUCUUCACUUUGUCUUCAGAAAGGGAAAUGCUGCUCGAUCGGACUCAGCGGCUCUGUGGUGCGGCUCUGGGGUGCGGCUCUGGGGUGCGGCUCUGUGGUGCGGCUCUGUGGUGCGGCUCAGUGGUGCGGCUCUGUGGUGCGGCUCUGGGGUGCGGCUCUGUGGUGCGGCUCUGUGGUGCGGCUCAGUGGUGCGGCUCUGUGGUGCGGCUCAGUGGUGCGGCUCUGUGGUGCGGCUCUGGGGUGUGGCUCUGUGGUGCGGCUCUGUGGUGCGGCUCCGGGGUGCGGCUCUGAGCUGA